CAAAAUGGCGGCGAAGUGUGGCGUUUUGCGACAGUGGUGGUGCUAAAAUUUGAAUGUGUGUAGUUUUUAAAUUGCGAUGAAAAGUUAAAAACUAUGGGGAGCAGUUCGGUGGGAGUAAAUUUGAUUCAACUACAGGAUAUCAUUGAUGUUGAGUUUGAAAAGGCGAAAACAAGCGGAAAAUGUAACCGGUGAGUUUUUAUUGUGGAAUGUUCAUUCUGUUUUUGCGCACCAUGUUUUGUAAAUAAAGUGUAACUAAUGUCAUCGGAUUUACAAAUCAAUCUGACUUUCAUCUUGGACUUUCAUCAUCUGACUUUCAUCUUCGAUUUUCAAGGCAUCAGUAUUUGUAUAAAAUUCUAUAUUAGGAAUUUAGGUGCAUUUGUAACCCAGAGGCCUGGGUUAAAAGUUUGGGUUUGUAUGUUUCUACCAGUGAACUCCAUGUCUUUUAUCUGGAAUGAUAACAUGCGGGAGAAACGUGAAGCCAAUUAGCCAAUGCCACUUGACGCGCGCUGAUUCGUGAUAGACCGCGCUGUGAUGGCGUACAAGGGGACUGAAACUGACAUACUAUAUGGUGUGGCGAUCAGACCGUGCUGUGAUGGUGUCAGACCUCUCAACUUUGCAGAGAAGUUAAGAGUGAGAUUGGGGAUGUGGAUGACACCUUUGUAAAAGUCCGGUACCGGGGGUCUGAAAUGGCAUUUCGUACAUUAUGAGAGUAUUUUUUAAUGAAAUACAUUGCUUCAUAACAUCCUUGAAGACAAGGCACUUUAGUUAAAAUAACUGUAUUUCUGCGACAUACAGUAAUGUAAUUUACAUAUAGAAUUCUGCUCCGACUCAUUCUUGCCUUUUGUCCGCCGUAUUUACAUAUGCGUACAAUUUUGUAUCCAAAUUGCGGGCAAAAUGUCGGGUCGUAUAUGCAGGAACAUCUGAACAUGAAUAACAUGCGAUUAUAUAUUCGAUUCAUGAUCCGUAUAAUGAAUAAUAAUGUGCAUUUGAGAAUACAAUAUAUUAUUGAAAAAAUACUAUGAAACUGCUAUAUGCGAUAAAAUUGCCCUGUUGCACAGCAAUCUUCCAUAAGAAAAUUGUAGUGGAUUUUUGGCAAAGAAAAUAAGUAGUGUUUAGGUGGUGUAAACGAAUUCACUAGUGCAUGUAACAAUUAUAUGUGCUUUGAAAAUAUUUGCACCAGGCAAGCUAGUCAUAUUUGCCUCAUUGAAAAUUAGAUUAUCUAAACUGAAGUUGUGAGUGGUGAGUGGUCCCUUCUUUCCACGGGUUUAGCUUCCCAGGUGUGCGAGGGGAAACACAUCAACAAAUGAAAUACGCCCACUUUUCGCUCGUGUCAAGUUUGCAUAAACAUUACUUAUAUCCAAUUAAAUCUAUCCAAUAGGAACCAUAAUUAAUGUCAUGUUUAUUUUUUAAAAUCAACAUUCAGUCUGGAAAUAAUUUAUAGUAUAAUUACUACAUAUCAGAUUUGAUUGACAGGCACAUUGAUUUUGACCAAUGGGAAUUUUACGUUGUAGGGGCAAUGCAUAUUUUGUCUCUUGAUGUGUUUUCAGCAGUCCCUCCUUUCUCCUAAAGGAAUACUCAUGGUUUAUGAUUUUGGAAAGGUUGAGUUUUUCAAAGACCUCGGAUAGCACUUCUCCUUCGGACUCAUGCUAUUUUGAUGCUCUUUGAAAGACUCGCUCGUGCAUGUUUUACCCCUUGAUGAGUAAAAUCAUCUGGUGUUAGGCAUAAUAAAAUGAUAAAAUUAGGUGCAUUUGGGCACAUUGCAGGUGCACACUGAUUAUUUGCAUACCUCAUGCAUACCUCAUGCAUACCUCAUGAUUUUAUUGAUCUGUAUUGCAGGCACUUACAGCAACUUUUACUCAGUCUUGUAAAUUUUAGGUUAACAAGUACAUUUGUUGAUCGUGUUGAAGCUGUCUCAGGUAAUGUAAACUUAAUAUUUCUAUUAAAUUCAAACGUUCUCUGACCAAAUAUUUUAUUCGACAAGCUUUCCCCUAAGAUGCAUUGCUCCCCUGAUAGCCGAAUAAGAAUAUCGUCAAAUAAAAAUAUUUGGUCAGAGGAUGUUUGAACCUGGCCACUGCAAUUCAGAGACCAGUGUCAGCCAGUGGCGUAGCCAGCCCGCAGUUUGGUCAUGCUAUGCAAAUUUCAAAUCAUCAUUAUUAAUUUCUUUAGAAAUUGAUUGUUUUCACGGUUUAUGAACACGGAAAUAUUUGCAUAGCAUGACUAUAUUGUCGGGCUGGCUACGCCACUGGUGUCAGCCAAUUACAUGGUUAAGCUGUUAAAUAAUGUCACAAGCUGGCAGACCUGGAAAUAAUUCUAGCCUUUCUUGGAUCCUAGGCCAGGGAGGAAAUAUUUUCUUUGAAAGAACUGUUAUCAAAUUUAGGCCGGGGGGGGGGAGCAUUUUCUUUGGAAAUGAAAAAAAACUCUUACAGCUGUUAGGCAUUAACUGUGCUUCACAGCUUUCACUGUUAACAAAAUCUAUUCAAUUAAACAAUAAAUUGGAUAAUAUUAAUUAAUUAUAUGUUAGCAACUUAGGUCUUAGCAUAUCAAAUUAAAUUGUAACAAAUGCUUAUAUAGUGUAAUAGCUUAUUACAGUUGUAGUUGUAACUUGUAAGUGUUUGUACAGAAACUACCUAAUUUGACAUUUGCAAGUUGUGUGAUAAAGAAAUUUAAAUUUCAAGGAAUAUUUUUAUGUAUGCUCAAAUGAAAACUUUUUUUUGAUCGUUUUGUGCAACAGGUGAUAUCACUUAUAUCGGCGUUUUCAGUUCUAUGAAAAUUUGGGAAAUUUAACCUUUUUGUUACUUUUAAGGAUAAUUGGUUUUUAAAGAAAUUUCAAAACUUUCUGCCAAAGAAAAUUGAAAAUCCUUUCUAGCAAUCAAAAAAUUUUCUAGGAACAUCGUUCCCAGGAUCCACCACUAUUUCCAGGUGUUUUAAUGGAGGACUUUGUCAAUUAGUGUUCAAGUGUAAUGGUUAAAUACAUAGGGGGCGAAAUACAAUGGGAAAAUGCCCUUCUCAAGUGGAAAAGGUGUCCCCUAAGAUGCACUGCUCCUCUAUAGUACUGUACCUAUCAUUACCGGUAACAUGUUGCUAUGUCAGGGCUGCCAAGAUGAAGGUCCUUAGAAUUUCUUGAUACAAGGUUGCUUAGCCAAUAAUUAAUAUAAAUCCUAGCUGCGUCAGUGCCAGACUAAAUUGCAGUAAAGCGUAAUAUAUUGUUACAUUAAUACACUGCUUCUCCUGUUUACAAUUAUGAUGCCAUAGCCCCCCUCCCCUCCCCUCCCCCCUCUUGCUGGAUGGUUCUCCCGGGGCCCCAUCAUUCGUUCAGCCUCUCAAUCGACCUAGGAUCUUAGCUAGAAGACUGUGUUGGCCAUGUACAUUGCUGGGACCAAAACUGGCCCGUUUGAUCAUCCGAUUAUCAAUUUCCCGUUUGUAAUGCAAAAUGACUGAAAAACGGCAAACUUCCCAAGGCUAUGUUAUCCGCAUUUUACAACAUUUGGCAACGAAACUUCGGAAUAUUACUAAUUUUGUGAUGCUCUUUCAAGCUGUGAUGAAAUUUUUCUCCUGGCAUAUCUAGAUCAAAAUUUCACUCAUAAGGGGAAAGGUCUAUUUUCAAUCUGCGGCUCUUAAUCGAAGCACCGUGUGACAGCAAGUUCAAGAAGCCGAAAUAGAAACAGUCACAGUGCGUGGGUUUUGCUAACGUUUUGCCACUGCCAAUGUUUUUAAAUUGAAUGUAUUUUAUAUCCACGGUCAUGGAAAACUGAAUUGUCAUCAAACAUUAUCGAACUUUUUUCACGAACCAAACUCCAAAGGUACAGAUCACAAAUGACAUUCUGUGAACCGGAAGUGCAGUUGCAGGAAUAUUAUUAGAAGUUAAAAAAUUAAAAUGCUAAUAAGUGAAAUGAUGAAUAUCAACGAAAGUCCUUCCACUUUGAAUGAAAUCUCCGUUCGUAAGGCUUUAAAUUUUACAAAAACGUCUUGUGUCACGUCACACAAAUGUAUCUUUGUGUGAAUUUAAGGGGAAAAUAAAGAAAAUACUUUACCAAAGUUUAAAUUCCGCCAUUUAAACUGAAUUCCGCGGAAUUAUGCAAUUUUUGGACGAUUCCGCGAAAUCGUGGAAUUCCAGAAUGCCUGGUGUUAACACUUGGAUCGCAUAAUUGGGUAUUAAUUUUGUUGCUCAUCUGCCCUAAUAAGUAUAGGUAAUCAUGCGAUGGAGAGUACAAUUAGGGAUUAAUAGUACGAGUGAUGUUUGGAAAUGUUGCCAAAAUUGGACGAACCGCCGGGGCAAGUACAAUUUGGCAAAUUUCCAAACAUCACGAGUACUAUUAAUCCCUAAAUGUACGACCAACAUUGCAUGAUCACUUGUUAUUAUUAGCAUGACAAAAUUGGAUACUUCUCAAUGUCAACAUCAUAUUCUCUUCCCAAAGUCCAGUCCUGCCAUACUUUCAACCAAAAUUUGGUGCUUUUGUUCGUAUUUCCAUUUAGUUCUUUUGUUAAAGCAAAACUUGGUGCUUUUGUUCGUAUUUUCAUCUAGUUCCUCUAGGGCAAUUUGAUUUUUUCACAGUUGUGUUUAAAAUACCUUUCGGCCACUUUGUUUGUUUGGGGAAAAUCAUUAAUUGUACUGCAGUACAAUUAAUGAAAUAAUUGUACUCCUCUCAACCAAUCAGCAUCCAGUAAUUUUGUCACGCUAAUAAUAAACGAGGAAAGUCAGCAUGUGAUGUCACAGCUUCUGAAACACAAUUAAAGUUAAAAAUGUUAUUUGUAGAGAAGAAAACCUAAUUUGAGAAAGGGUACAUGGUACCCAUAUAACCAGAUUUAUGGUAGGGAAAAAUAGUUCUAUGGUUCCCAUAAACUCUGAAAUCCUACUGCCUGUCCCAACACUAUUACGUUUGUAAAAUAUCGGUUCGUGUUAAUAAUUUAACAGUUUGUUUGAAUCACAGGUAUUAAGGGUGCACAGUCAAAACAUAUCUAAUUGCCAGACCCUGGCCCCUGGGGACACUGGAACGAUAAAAGGACAAGUGGGGAGGGGAGUAGAUUCCCACCCAUCUGUACUUUUUUAAAUGGUCCUUCAUUUGCUUUUUUAUUGUUUAGUUAAGCAGUUAGAGUUGAAAAAUCUUCUGCAAUCACUGGAAGUUCAGAUCAAGAAAGCUGAGGAAACGCGGCUUAAAAAUAACCGGUUGGUCCCAAUUCACAAUUUUAGAUAACUCACAUGCCUAAUUACUAUUGUUCUAGUUUACAGAAGCAUAUAGAAUAGAAUAAAGGUAACUGAGCAUCAGAAUUAUGUAUAGGAGUUACUCACUCGUGUAGAUAUAGAAAUUAAUAGGUGGCUUUGUUAUAUUAUGUGCCCUCAGAGUUGAUUGUUGGUCAGCAGUAUAAUCAAAUUACGGAAUAUUUUGGUUUUUUGCGCGGAUACAAGACGGCAAAUCAUGAUGGCUGAAAUUCCAGAAUCAGUCAUAAAAUCCAUCUAAACAGCACUUUUCCUUUCCUUUCCUUUAAAAAACACAUUUCACUUGGCCAUAGCAUUGCAAUGCAAUGCAAUGCAAUAGGAUUUUGGUCAUUAUUACGCAUGUCCCAACCGGAACCCGCUGACACAAAAUCUUGUCUUAAUUUAAUGGGUGCAAAUGUCACUUAUUCCUGGCCAUGGUCUUCCACUCAACAACUGCCUUUCCCACAGUACUGCUUGCGGCAAAAGAACCCUUUCUUUAUAGUGCUUCCAUUCUUUUUAAUUCCGUAGAUAGUGAAUGUAAACAACUUGUUAUUUCAACUUUAUGCUAGAUACAGAUAAAACUUAUAACCAAACACAAACUUCAUUGACUAAAACUUGACUUAUUGGCGAAAUUAUUUUUGUUGACAUUAGUGACUGCUAGUUCACAUGAGCGAACGUCGUAUAGACGCUCCCCCAUCGAUUCUUAUUUUAGCAAUUUAAUAGCCCUGGAAACUCUUGAAUAGUCUUUUGGAGAGGUCUUUGAAGGGCGACUGAUCUGUGGUCGGGACGGACAACAAUUUUUCACUUGUUGCCCGGCGGGAUAUAUUGCAUUUAUUUAAAGCGAUGCACGUGACCGCAAAUCAACCAAUCACGUUUGGUGUUCACCCUAUAGCUUUAUAACAAACUUACUUACAUACUAUGUCUAAGAUACUUGAAUUGUUAAAUGUUCUUUUUGUGUACGAGUGAUUACAAAACGUUCUUAUGCAUAGCAUAUCAAUCUUUUUCGAUAGUGUUAUUACUUGAUAGCGAUAUUUAUAGCGGAAAACCCGUUAUCGACUCGUUGACUUAUUGGCGAAAUUAUUUUUCUCAUAAUUCAAAUAUCCAUAGAAAAAGUCCUGGAUUUUUGAAAUAGUACAAUAGUCGAUAGUGAUUGAUGUGCUUUCUUACGUCUCUUGCAAUUCAGAGAAAGCAGUGAUGUUAGUGGUUUGUCGCUUGAUGAAAUUGUUCAACGAUUUUCUGCUACUGAAAAACCAGUUAACCAGAAAGCAUCAAGUGAAGUAAAAGUCAGGUACUGCAUAACAGGAAAUUGUUUUGUGUUAGAAAAAAACAUUAUUUCCCUAGUGGCCCUUGACUGUGGGCUUAUUAGAAGGGGGGAUAAAUAGAGUCCGGGGGCUGAAUGAAUUUUGACGUUAUUUAUGCGUAUAAGAUAGGUUAGGACAAGUUAGGUAGUGCUCAGUCUUUACACGACCUCUUUGAGGUACAGAUUAACUACAAAGGGAAAAGGAAAACCUCGAACAUUAGAUCGAUACUGAGAUUGAUUUCGCCAAGAGAGGGUGGGGGCUAAAUAGAGGGUAGAGGCUUAAAAGAAUGCAGAGGGGCUAAGUAGAGGAUAUACAGAAAUUAUGAAUUUAAUAUGACGUCACUGCAGUUGCAUUACUUUAUUAAACAAAAUUAAUUGUAUCAGUAACGAAGUUUGGAAAUAAUAAUCCACAAAAGAUGUUACUUUACCAUUUUGAAAAAAUCAACAACGUUCACAUAGAAUUGUAUUUCUUGGCAAAAACUUUAUAAUGUAAAUGAGUUUAUCAUAUAAACAUAAGUGUUAUAUAGAGCUUUUGGCUACUGAGAAAAAUCGUAUUUGAACACACGUAAAAAAUACGAUAUUUUUACGUGUGAAAAUAUCAUUUGUUGUAAAACGCAUUGCCACGGACGUUUUAUUGUUUUUCACUGAAUUUUGUUUAUAUAAUAAACAGAAAAAUACAUGGGUGCUUGGAAAUAUCAGAUUUAUUUCUCGUGUUGAACAUGAUAUCUCACUCGUUCGCUGCGCUCACUUGUGAGAUAUCAUGUUCAACACUCGAAAUAAAUCUGGUAUUUCCGCGCACCCAUGUAUUAUUCUCUAUGUAAGUUUACAGUAAAAGUACCUAUACUCAAAUGGUUUCAGCUGCAUAUGCUCUUGCCUGUUGUGUGUUUUUCUUCUCAAUUACACUCGUUUAUAAAUCUGCGAGUUGUCCCGCCAUUUUUAUUUAUGUAUACGUAGCUGGUCGGUUCGGGUAACAUAUUUUCACUUGUUACCCGGCGGGAUACAUUUCAUUUAUUUAAAGCCACGUGACCACAAAAAAAAUAUAUGUGGGUCUCCGGUUUCUCGACCCUACCUAGCUUUUGGACGUCGAAAUCCCGACCCUAAACUUUUUUUAUUGGAUCAUGAAAUUUGAGGCAAUAUUAGGGAAAUUUAUCUUUGGAUGUGGAAGCACUGACUAAACAAAAUGGCGUCCGGUUGUUAGGAAAAUGUUUAAAAAAAAGAAAGCCCCCAUAUUUUUUUGGCCUUGAGUGUUGCACCGGAAUCGCAGGGCCGCAGGAACCUGUAGUUGCAUUUUUCGCAGCUGUUCCUGAUUAGGUCUAAUAAGUGUGUGUAAAUUUCCACUCGAUAAUUUCCAUUUACAAGCCCUAUUAUUAUGUACAUAGAGUGGUUACAUUUGUUAUUUGCUGUUGUGAAACUCAUUAAUAAUUCAUGAAGAAGACACUCCUAAAUGCCAGUGCUGGAAUAUGUCUGGCAGCGCCCUGCUGCCAGGAAAUUUUUUACACAAUAUCUUCCCAGGACAUUUUCUUGCACUUUGCAGGAAAUGUUUGUCAUCUUAUUAUUUCAAAAUUCCAAAUUAAACAUUUUGCAAGUCGAGAUGUGCGGCAGAAUCAUAGUACACACGUUCUCUGAAAUUUACGUUUCACUUGACUUACGCACGAAAUUUUAACUUUUGAAUUUUGCUGCCAGGAAGAUAAAUACAUUUUCUAGGCCUGAAAACGCAAAAGAAAUCAUGAUCGUGAAGGAGUUUGUAUAUUUGAUACAGAAUCGUGCUAAUUUACAUAAACUUUAAGUUUAUAAUUUUCUCACCAAAUAUCAUUGAUUUAUUUUAAAUUGUUGAAGAACACGAAUGUUCUCAUCAAGACGUUUCACAUGUUAUCCGAUACAACACAGCCGCUCGUGUUGUAAAUAGUACUUAUAAAUUUCUAUUUAUGUUAUGUAUAUAGAAUUAACGACGUACCAAAUCAAAUCGGAAGUGGAAAAGAGACGCCUAUUGUUAUUGAUGAUGAGGAUGAGACUAAGCAGACAGUUGAACAAAAGACGGAUCUUGCGAUCCCAGAAGAAGGACCAAUAACACCUAUAGAUGUUACUGAGAAAACAGAAGAAAGAUCACCACAACAGGAAGUAAUAGAGAUUAACGCGAAACGUCGUUCUUUAAUUCUUGAACAGUCACCAACUGUUGCACAAAGCAAUGAUGACGUGGCAAUUUCUGAAGGUUAGGGUACUUUCUUGUUGUGUUUUAGAGCACAUUUUUACACGCACAUUCGAAAUUGACUACCACAAUUAUACUGCAACAGCAAGAAUCCUGUGUGCAUAUUUGUGCUAAUGAUUAUAUUUACACAUUUCAAUAGUAAACAAAAGAAUGGUCAAUUACAAUGUGUUUACAUGCUAAAAUUCUACAUAUUUUAAAGUAUUUUAUAGCAAUAAUUUUAUGCUCUUACUAUUUGAAACGAGUAUGAUAAAAGCAUGGUUUCAAGUGCAUACAAUUUCGCGAGAUAGUUUUUUUAGGGACUCAUUUUUGUGGACGUUAUAUUGGACUCAGAAACUUUUUAAAAAUCACUUAAGUUAGGGCCAUUUAUAAUUCUCGGUGUUCUUCAGUUGAUACAAAAAUGCUCCGUUGUUAACGUUAUAACUUCAUGUUAUAACUUCCCAGUAGAAUUUAGAGUAGCGAAAGAUGUAGAAGGUACUACGCCACGCCAGGAGGGGAGGGGCUCCGAGGGUAUCUCCCUGUGAAGAUUUUGAAAUUUAGACGUUCCGAAAUGGCAUUUGUAGUGAUUUUGGAAUGCACUUUUAGAGACUAUGCCGUAUUAUUAUCCAAUAAUUUCUCUUAUCAAAAUAAGCAACCUUUCCCUUGGUGUUUCUGAGGUAUGGGUUUGUCCAAUCCUCUACCAACUGAUCUACACGGUCAAGUCGGUUCGAGUCAAUCGAGUGCGUGAUAUUUCGAAACUCAGUCUAGUUCCUUCGUUAUCAGCGUGUUUUUACGAUUUUGGGUUAUUUGUUCGGUAAAACACGGCGAUCGUCUACGCUAUAGACGGCGACUUCUAACGGGACCACUAACCGGGCUAUUUGUCGUUUUCAAGCAAGUUGCAGUGGCAGUUCCGUCAAAAUCUUCCACAUUGUUGGGUAAUUUAUGUUUCGAUUUUUUUUCACUGUGAUCAAAGGCCUGCAUGGAUCGAGGUUGUGAAGAUUCUAACGCAUUCUCAUUAUCUGUUGUCAAAUGCAACCGCACGUGGAUGGAAUUAAGUUAUGGGAAUAAAAUCCGCGACCGGUUGAGAAAUAUCGUUCGAGAUAAAACUCGCUAUUGGCCUACAGGGGAGGUGGGUGGGCGGUUUUCUCCUCGGCGUAUCUUUGCCGUUUGUGUUCUGCCACGUUCUGAUAUUUUGUAGGCCGAAUUAACCAGCUCAUCGUGUGUUAUAUGCUCGGUUUGACCGACCUCUGUCCUCAUUAAUUGGAUCAUCCAAUCACAACUCACUUUCCUGCUUCUUCACUUCCGCUACGGAAGUUGCAAUUUCCAUCCAGCUAAUGAGAAUAGGGAAAUGUGUGUUGAAGACGCCAUAUUUAAAUCGCCACAUGCAAAUUACAUCAAAGCGGCGCCGUUUAUGUAGUUGCGUGUGUCUGCUUUGACCAGUGAGAUACAUAGAUUUAUUAAAAAAUUUACAUCGUAGCCCAAAGCUGAAUUGCGUGACAAAUUUCAAUAUACAAUUAAAAUAUCUUACAUUUACUCUUUAGUAAACAGUUACUGUAGAAAAGUCAUUAGAUCUAAUAAGGCUAUCAUCUGUGAUCGUUACUUGACGACUGUUUUGAGCUGAUUGGUUGAUUUUAGAUCUCAUUGUUUUCCCAUCAAUCAGAUCAGUUUGUUACAGAUUUUUGCACUGCUGUUUGAGAUCAACUGCACUGAAAUCAACCAAUGAUAUACUAUUAAUGAUGUUAUUGAACGAUUUAUAAUACCUGCAUAUGUCCUCGCGUCUUUGGAAAAGUGUAUAGAAAGGUUAAAAUGCGCUUGUCUUUGCACGCGUUCGAGAUCUUAUUCUGAUGUGAUUAUUCCACUGAAGUGUACUGGAAAUUGUGACUCCCAAAUUACUUCUCUCUGACUAAGAAAUACCGGGUUAUUCGUACAGAGACACCAUGCAAAAUCGCUAAAAUGUUGCCAGGCAAAACUUUGAUUGUAAACACUAGUGCUUCAUAUUUCCUUUAGCUCCUUCAAAUGUACCGCAAGAUACUUCUUGGUUGGGCUCAACAUCUACGUCCGAAGAAGUUCCUCCAACAAGGUAUGUCCGCGAAUUGUUGUGCAAACAAGUGGUAAAUUUUAAAGUGGCGACUAUUAAACUGCAUGAUCCACCGCCAGAGCUCUAUAAAACUUGGACUUUGCUAUUUUAGCUUUCAUUCAUGAUUUAUUUUAUGCAUGAGGCAAAAAAAAUAUGUGGGUUUCCGGUUUCCCGACCCUACCUAGCUUUUGGACGCCAAAAUCCCCUCCCUAAUCCCCUUCCACUUAGAGGAAAACGUUUGUGGGAAAUGAAAAUUUGAGGCAAUAUUAGGAAUUUAUGUUUGGAUAUGGAAGCACUGACUAAACAAGAUGGCGUCCGGUUGUUAGGAAAAUUUAAAAAAAGUUAAAACCGACCUACCCUACCUAAGUUUUUACAAGAGGAAACCGGAAACCCACAUAUUUUUUUUUGGGCCUGAUUGAGUUCUAACUUCUUUACAAAACGUUAAGAAAUUUUGACGAGAAGACUGCAAUGCGACCUAUUGUUCAAAAACACACAUUUGGGCAGAAACUCCAUUUUCGGCCAUGUUGCAGCGAAGAACUCUUGACUGUUGUUAAUUUCACGAUCGUUUUGAAUGCUUUGUCGUCAAUGUUUAAGUCUGCUAUAUUGCUUUUCUUUUUACUCCACUGCAGUGCGAAAUCUGAGUUUUCGUUAAAAUCGACAAAACUGGCUGGCAAAAAGAAUGCGCCCGCGAUAAGCAGGACAGCUACGACAAGUGAGAAUAUAUACAUUUUAAGACCUAACCAGGAACGACUGCAAAAAAAAUGCAGCACAAGGUCCUCUGGUAGGAAUUGAACCUACGGCCCUGCGAUUCCGCUGCAGCGCUCUAACCAACUGAGCUACAGAGGCCAGCUGACCUGUUAACAACAUGUAAACAUGUCAGGCACCAACCCGCAUUUAAGGAUACAUGCCUGUACACGGGCUAAAUAGUACACUAUGUGUCAUUCUUUUAUUACCAUAGAUCAUCACCAACUCGACCAACAUCUGCCGAUAGCGACGCUUCAACAGAAACUGCUUCCUCACCAGUCACAGAUCUUAGUCAAUCAAGCUUAGCUGAAGAUUUCCAAACAUCUCAAACAGAAAAUGCCCCAAAGGAGGACAAUUUCUUGCAAGAAGUGUCAAGCAAUGACAAUUUGUUGAAGGAAAUGGAGAGCGAAGCAUUAAUACCAAGGUUGGUAUUCUAUAUGCUUUAUUUCUGUAGCUUCCAUGGAAAUUAGGGAUGAGUCGGCCAUUUUGAAAUAAUCGGUUAUCGCUCGAUUAUUGCACGAUGAUCGGCAGAUACAGGUAAGAUGAUUAACGUUCGCUUUCGCAUUUCGACGUUAAAUUUAUCAUUGAAGGAAAAAUAAAUAAUUAACAAUUAUAUAUUAACAAUGAUAAAUUUAACAAUUUAUCAUUGUUAAAUUUAUCAUUAAAUUUAUCAACUGAAGGACAAUUUAGCUUUUUAACAAAAGUAUUUUAGAGUUUUCUAUUAGCGGUCCAAUUCAUCGCCCUUCAAAAGCCGCAAGGUUUGAAAUAACUGAAUUGAAUUUUAAUUGAAUUUUAAUUUUAUCAAUUGUAAAUUUAUAUAAAUACUUAUAAAACUUGUAUAAAGCGCCUUGAAUUUUUCAGGAUAUUCGCCCUAUAAAAAUGGAGGAUAUUAUUUACAUUGCCCUGCAAAUAGUAAAUUGACAAUAUACUUUUAUAUUAACCUGUUCUUACCUUUCCAGCGUUCGACCUCACAGUCCUUCUGAUUUUAAAAUUGGUACACGAGUGCUUGGCAAGAGGUCCAGUGAUAUUUGGUUUCCAGGUAGGAAAAAUUCUUGGAACAAUUGACCUUAGAUUUCCGUACGUCACGUCACUGUAUCCGACAUUGCAUUGGGUAUACCUAAUUUUUUGAUGGAUUGAAAAUUGCGUGACGUAAGCAAUUCUAGGGUCAAUUGUCCCAAGACUUCUAAGAAUUUGACUUCUAAAUCUAAGAAUUUUUGUCUUUGAUGUGCAGUGUAUGAUAGUAGCCUAUUGUCGCUUUAUUAACGAAAUAUGCAAUAAAAACUUGGGUGAUUUCGAUUAAACCGGGCGCCAUGCAUGUUUACAAUUGGAGAGAUUAAGCAAAGCAAAUGUGAAACUUCUAUACUGUAACUGCCGCGUUCUUGAUUUCAAACAAGAGCGGCUGUCGCUAUCACUCGCCAUCUACAACGGCUCGAUUGACUUCUGGUUGUCUCCCGUGCUGUAAAAAACAUUGCUUGCUUAAGUUCUUUAUUAUGAGGGCGAAAACACCGGCCAAUCAAAAUUCUGAUACAAUAAUUUUCACAUGUGAAAAUAUCGUCGUCCACCGUGAGAACACAAUUCUUAUUUCACCCAUCCACUGCACGGAAAUCUCUGUACACUUCUAUAAUAAAAGUAUAUUUCUAACUCGAUUGUGUAAAAACAGGUGGGAAAUUGGAAUAGUAUAAUUUUCAAUUGAAUUUUGAUGUUAAGGUACAUAAUAUUAUUUGACAGCCAAUGAGAUUGGGUUACUACAUUUCAACAUAUAACAUCACAAUAGCACUACAUAUUUCAACAAAAAAAUUGCUUCGUGUAACAGAUCGCCCUAAAACGUAUUUGCAUGCAUAUAAUGCAAAUUGCAAAAUGUAUGCUAAUUUUUGUAAUUACAGUGUCAUGUUUUCAAUAUGUAUUUUAGGUGAAAUUAUUAAAACUAUGAGUGACAAGAUUGGACAGGUAUGAAUUAUUAAGAUAACAUCAAUUAACUUGGUCUAAGGUACCUGUAUUUAUAAAAAACUUUGAAUUAAGAAUGUUGGAGUUAUUGUACAACUCCAAAGGAAGGAAGUGGUGCUAGUUAUCAUCUGAACCUACUGUGAAUGGCUAUCAACUCCGAAAAAUAGUUUAAUGGUUAUCAACCAUAGGCGUACGAGACGGGGGAGCAGGCGAGGGGCAAUUGCUCCCCCCCCCCAAAAAAAAAAGUUUAGAAAACCAUGGAAAUUCGGGCAAAUGCUAGGAAAAAUCAAGAAAAUUUUGGCAGAUAUUGCAUACCAGAAAAUAUGUUAAAUUCAGGUUUCGUUAUAAUCCUUCAUAAAAAUUCGGGCAAACUUUCAACUCCCAGAAAGCACCAGCCCCAUACGCCUAUACUAUCAACUCCAAAAAUAUGUCGUCCUCCAGGCUACUAGUUUUGGUUUUCUUGGUGAUCGGUAUAGACCGUACUGUAUAUGCCUACCUCCAUGCAUUCAAGGAUUGGCCAUGCACCUUCACAAAAAUAAAAUAUACAGACAUGGCCCUCUCGAACUGACUUAAGUCUGGUGUAUAAAGGCUUUGAGUUAAAUCUAUACUCAAUAAACACUGUAUAUUUUUCUUAGGUGAAGUACAGUAUCAAAUAUGAUAAAGGACCUAAAGGUGUAUUGUCGUUGAACCAUAUAUGCCCUGAAGAGCCAGCUGCAUUGUGUGAUCUGAGUGUAGGAAGUAGGGUUGUUGGUAGGUUGCUGUUUUGUGUUUACACAGGUAUAAUCACACGGGAAGGAGUGCAAUUAAUGAUUAACACUACGAGUGAUAUUUGAAAAAUGUGCCAAAAUAGACAACUUGCAUCUUAGACUAAUUUUUGAUUUAGGCAAAAAAAAAGUAAAUUCCCGUAAAGAACUUAUUAAUAUCAGUAAAAUUGCAAAAUUUGGUUACGAAAUGUUGUAAAAUACAGAAAAUAUGCCUUGCGAAGUUUGAAUAUUUUCAGUAUGUUUGUAUUACGUGCGGAAAUUGUUACCAUUUUUGAGUCGAAAAUUUUACUCUGAUGAAGGCAAUAGAAGACUACCGAAAAUUUAGUUAAAAUUUUUAAUACAGCAGAUACAACUUAAAACGGGAUUAUCGCGAUAACUGACCACACAAGCAGCAUCCGUAUUCAACUAUAGGUUUAAGAUUCAGCUGCCAAGCAACUAGUCUGCCACAACCUUUGGUGUUUGGAAAGUGAUGAAUACUGUGUAUACAGUACAGCCCUAAUGAAAGUUAACAUCGUGUAACGAGCGAGUUCGAGCGAGAGGCUAUCGAGCGCGAUUUGACCCCUAACGAGAAAUCUGCGAGUUGCGAGAAUGCGAGCGCGAAGCGAGCGAGCGUUCUCGAAAAAUUUGAUAUCGAACGAGUGUUCUCGAAGACUUUAAUUAGAUAUUGAGCGAGGGUUCUCGAAAAUUGUUUGUAUCAUGCGAAAUCGAGCGAGAGUUUGACCAACAUGUGGCGAAAUAUAGGAUGAUAAUUGCUGUUUCCUUGAAUGGCAAACGUCACAUAUUUUGACAUAUAUUUGUACCAGUUCCCUAAAAAUAUAACUAUGAUAGGGUGAUAGCGGUUAUAUUAUUUCGUUACUCACCUAUACCCAACCACAAGAUAAACAAAUUCCCUGGUUAAAUCAGCGUCUGUUUAUUCGAAGUGUUACAUGUUAGUGUCAGUAAAAACACGCUCUUUCUAUUAUAUACUUUAUUAGAAUUAGCGGUUCAACCUACUCGUUAGAAAUAGAAAAUUAGACUAUUUCCAAAAUUUUACGGUGUGACUCAUAUACACUAAAUGCAAUCUAUAUAAUUAUAGCCUUAGGCUAUAAAUAAUGUUAGUUCGCUUCGGUUGAUUGCAUUUAGUGACGGAUAACUGUAUUCAUGCACCAUGUUUACAACCACAAUAACAGGAACUCCACCGACAACUUAUUGUCUCGUAUGGAUUAUCGAAAACAAAAGAGCGUUACAGAUGACGUCAGUGAAAAACAUGCUGUCUGAUUUAUACUGACAUCUGAAGCGUCUUAGGCUCGUUACUGUUUUGAUGUCUGUCGGUGAGCCUGCUCUGAGAGAUAUUAUAGAAAUAGAAAUAAGAACGCGAUGUCUUCAAGAAACUUGAAGAAGUUUUACUUAGUUAGUUAGUUUACUUUUACGCUGACAAGACACUGUUAGUGGUGUCGUGUGAGAAGUUACUGAGCGCAAAUGAAGUAGUCAUCGCGGUCAACGGAAGUGACGUCCAAGUGAUGCUGAAUGGAAAGGCAUGGAAAGCGAAGUUGAUAUCUUUUGUAGGUAAAAUAAUACUUAUUUUUCGUAGAUUGUAUUUCGUCUUUAUUUCAAAAUAUUGAUUGUGGAUUUUAAUGUUUCUGAAUUUUAAUGUUGUCCUUAAAGAUCAGUCAAGAAUUGACUCUGUAUUGUUAUUUUCAGUUUACUCCGUGUUUUCGCACGGACAUGCGAAGCAACGCUACUUCUUGCGAAAAAUUUUACACGCAGUAUAGCGCUGCGAGAAUUCUCGUGAAUGGAUGCAUCGAGAUUUCUUGUUACGAGGAUUCUCGAGAAUGUUUGCAUCGAGAUUUCUCCCAUCUCGCAAAAUUCUUGUGUAUCGAGUAACGCGAAGCGCGUUUCGAGAAGCCUAUCGAGCGAGCGAGAAUUUUUAUCGAGUGGGUUUCGAGAUCUCGAUACUCGAAACAUUUUCCUCGAUAGCAUCGAGCGAGAAUGGUUAACUUUCAUUAGGGCCGUACUGUACAUGAUUAAUGUUCUUCAGUGCGGUUGAAAUUUAUUUCGAGCACGAGGGAAACUUAUAUUUACCGUAACAGUUGUCUAACAUACGGCCUUCACAAUAUUACAAUAUUUACAAACAUCAAAGGUGUAAGAUUACUACUAUUUAUAUAUGAGAAAAAAUUAACUGGUAAUGAAAACAGUUACAGUUCAGUAGAUAUAUUUACAAUUUGUACAAAACAGUUUUCGAGAUUGUUAGUAAGGUUUAGCUUAUGAAGAAGGAUUUUACGAAGUUUGUAUUUGGCAUUAGUUAUUUUUAAAAUAAAAGCAUCUGAAAAGCUGCAUGAAUGUGAAAUGACAUGUUGUUUACAUUCAUUGUCUGAGGCAUUAAAAAGAAUGGAAGCAAUAUAAAGAAAUGUUCUUUUGCCGGAGUCAGUAUAUCACGGACAAGUAAUUUAAGUAAUUAUAAUGUAUUGAUGUAUUCUACUUCCUUCGUAAUUUGUAUAUCGCGUUGAAAUAUUGGCUUCAACAGUGAAUUAUAUAACGCGAUGUUGUUAAUCGCAAAAUCUGAGAAUAAGGUAUAGGUCGUUUGCAACUUGCCUCAAUUGGUGGUGCAAAGCAGAGUCUGCAUGUCGAAUUAUCUAGUGUAAUGUUGCCUACAUGAUUUCAGUUGCUGCCUAUUCUGCAUUUUCAAUAUUUUUUGUACAGAUGUUAGUUUUUACGACAUUUUUCUAUUUAACUCUAUAGGAAUACCGCACUACUGCCACUAGGAACAAACGAAAUUAUAAAAUAACAUGUAUAUAACGCGUAUUCUGAUUGGUCGAAAGCCGUGUUUGGAUCAGGCCAUCCAAACACGGAAGACUACCGUGUUGUUAUUUUAUAAAACAAUUACUUUAUGGUUUCCGUGUUUGGAUGGACUGAUCCAAACACUUGGGAAUGUUGCUCGAGUUAAGAAAAGCGGGCAAAAUCUUUCGCUCGCUUUUCUUAACUCUCGCAACAUUCCCGUGUGUUUGGAUCAGGCCAUCCAAACACGGAAACCAUAAAGUAAUUGUAUAAUGCAGAAUAGGCAGUAACUUACACCAGGCAAACAUUACACUAAAUAUUUCUACAAAUUAACUGUGUUGUGCAACCAGCAAUUGAGGCAAAUUGCAAACGACCUACCGUAUUUUCUGAGUUUGUAAUAUAAUUUACUGUUUUACUGAUGAUAUGCGAAUCAGUAUAAGGAAGUAGAAUAAUUGUGUGCGAGAUUUCUGGCCAUGAAGUGGGAAAGGUAGGCUCAGAAUCCAGCCGUGGAUUCAACAAGCAACAAAUGCAACAAGCAUGCUGAAUUGUCAAUAGUCAAAAAUGUGAAUUUUAAAAUCUUAUGCAGUCCCUUGCAAACAAGCUCAAAUAUAUGUUAGCUUUCAGGCUCAAUUUUGGAAACCUUGUCAGUAUGGUAAGAAAAGGAUAACUGUCAAGUCAAUGUGUGUUUUAAUGGCUGUUUAUAUGAAAGUCAGACUGAGCAUGACAAAACAUGAUAGUCAUAUAUACAUCGAAUUGCUUCUAAAGGACUGAAUAUUUAUUUAAUUCAGAAAAUUUAUUGCAGUAGCACUUUAGAAAAUAUCUAAACACAAAAAUUAUCCUGGCAAGGGGGAUUAAGUUUUCAUGUAUAAAAAGAAGCAAAAUUACUCUUGCAUUCCUGCAGGGAUGGUUUUACUGGGGGGAUACACCCCCUUAACAUUGGCAAAGGGGAUGUGAGGUGGGACGGGGGGCGUAUUUCAUGAAAUAAUUUUUUCAAUUUGGAAAGGCAAUACCCUGUCACCAUUACCACAAUAAUGCCCCUCACUGCUGUGUGUAGCUCCAAAUGAUUACGGACUUGGUCAACGGUCGUACCCUGAACCAUGGGUCGAUGAGCGCAUUCUCCAUUUGUACAGACAACUUAUACAACACCGAAAUAAAUUAAAUGAAGCCAAGAACAUUUUAAAUUUCAAAUAUUGUUGCUACAUCUAAAGACUGUUUAACCAACAAUGAAGGUGCACAGUGAUCCAGUUCAACAUCAAACAGUGAUCCAGUUCAACGUCUUCUAUUUUGUAGCUUUGAAGUUUAGUAUAUUAAAAGUAUCUUAAUUAGUGAAAGAAGCUAAAAAUAUUAGAUACUAAUAUUUUUUCUGUAUUUUUUCUGUAACUGAAGGAGAAACAAUUAUAUCGAUGAAAAACGUUUUGUGAACACUCGUAUUUACUGGGGAUUUAUGUAGCUUCCGCUCUUGAUUUUAGAAUUUUGUGACGCGAUGGUGAAAAUGAUCUUUAUUUUCAGAUACUUCAAGGUUCUAACUUUACACUUCGUAAAUUUUACAGCUCUUUAUGGCAAUUUAAAUAUCUGGUACGCUGGAAUUAUUGCUGAGAACGCUUGUCCAGGGAACAAGAAUCGACUGCUAGUUUUCUUUGAUGAUGGCUUUGCUCAAUAUUUGCCGAUAAAGAAACUUCAUAAAGUUCAUCACAAAGGUAAAAGUAUGACUGGAACACUGGAAUUUUUUUUAGUCUUUUUGUGUGCCUAUUACAACUAGGCCAAAAAAAAAAUAUGUGGGUUUCCGGUUUCCCGACCCUACCUAGCUUUUGGACGUCGAAAUCCCGACCCUAAACUUUUUUAUUGGAUCAUGCUUGUAAGUGUUUCCACUUAGAGGAAAAAGUUUGUUGGAAAAUUGAAAUUUGAGGCAAUAUUUGGGAAAUUUAUCUUUGGAUGUGGAAGCACUGACUAAACAAAAUGGCGUCCGCUUAUUCGGAAAAUUAAAAAAAAAGUUAAAAAAAAAGUUAAAACCGACCUACCCUACCUAAGUUUUUAUAAGAAGAAACCGGAAACCCACAUAUUUUUUUUUGGCCCUACCUAUAGAGCGUUUGCACUCAUUCCCGAGUGACCAACUCAACAAAAGCCAUGGGGCCAUGUUGGUGUUCCAGACAAAAGAGUCUAAUUAAAAUUCUUCUAAAUUGGAACACCAACAUGCAUGGCGGCUAUGGUAAGACUUAAAGGAAAGAAAAAAGGGUUGGAUUAAUGCAUGGCUCAUUCCCAAACGUAACAGUACAAUCAUGAAACUAGAAUAACAGCAGGAAAAUAUAAUCAUAAAAUUUAUCUGCUUGCAAAGUUCAGUUCAAUAGGUUUCGAAGCACUAUCUACCCCCCGAGUAAUAUGCUAAUGACUUUUAUUAAAGUUCAUGAGUUUCAAAGUCGUACAAAAUUUUACACUUUUAGUAUGUUGCAAACAUAGUUAACAAUUUUAUUUCUAGUUUCAAUAAUUUCCCUAUUCUCAGAAAUUUAAACAGUGCUAAGAUCAACUAGUAUUAUAAGUAUAAUAGAUUAUGAUGAAACGCAUGCGAAGCGAUUUUAUGCCACUAUAUACGAUGUUUAUACAACCUGGUGGUGUAUAUUUCAUUUUAGGUCAAAAUGUUUGGGAGGAUGUGAUUGAAGAUUCACGUGAUUUUAUUCAAGAGUACUUGGAAGAUUAUCCUUCGGUACGUGUCGCCAAGUAUUACAGAGCUUAAGCAAGCCAUGUUUUUCACAAUACGUACGCCAAUCGCGUGACGAGAAAUUAACCCGUUUACUGGCACUGACGAGUAAAAUCUGCCGUUGAUAGACAGUAAAUACUAAAGUAUAGGGCGCAUUGCCAGCCAAUGGCGGUUAAUAAGAGACAGUUUGUUAACCCAAUUUAGUACUGACAGUACUCUACCACUGUCAAGUAAAAUCGUCUGGCGUUAUACAGAGUGUAAAAUCGUCUGGCGUUAUACAGAGUGUAAAUUUGUCUGGCGUUAGACAGAGUUAACACUAUAAAGUAGGGUGCAUUGCCAGCUAAUGGGUAUGCUGUUUAUCCACUUUUAACCCAAUGGCGUCAUUUUCAUGUUGGUUAUUUACUCAUGUUCCGUGCGCACAAUUUAAGAAAAAGUUUGUGAUUGGUCUUAAAUGAUGAACGCGAGAAACUAAUUUGUGCAGGAAAUAUAGGGGAUAUAGCAUUCAUGUGCAGGCCUGCUAUGCUACGAAUGGUGAAACCUGGAAAUGAGGCUAUUGGGUCAAAAGUAAACUUCCCGUUAGAGAAUUGUCUAGAAGUAUAAACUUUUGCAUUCGGUUCAUGUGGCAAAAAGACAGCAUAGAUGGCGAGUGAUGCCAACAGCCGUUCUUGAUUUCAAGCAAGAACUGCUGACGCUAUCACCCGCCAUCUGUUCUGUAUAUAACGGCUCGAUUGAUUUCCGGUUGGCGUACAUAUGUAAGUACUAUUUAAAAAACGAGCAGGAGUGUUUUAUUAGGUUUAAAGCCACGAGCGCGCAGGGCGAGUGGCUUUAGACCUAAUAAAACACAACCUGCGAGUUUUUUAAAUGGCUUCAAAAACGUUUGCAUAAUAAGUCAAAUCUUUACAUAAAAAUCUUUAUAUAAAGAUCUUUAUAUAAAAAUCUUUAUAUAAAAAUCUUUAUAUAGUUUGCAUAACAAUGGUCUUUUGUUAAAGUGUUCUUUAGCUGGUAUAAAGACGUAUGCACGUGACUAAUUUCUUACUCAAGAUUGGAUAAUUGCUUCAUGAAUUAUUAAUGAGUUUUUGAAGUUUAUUUAAAGUAGCGAUUUUAUGUGAAAUAUUUGAUUUCCCAAUCUUAAUCACAAGAAAAAGUUAACCAUCGAAUAAAAAAACAUCGUUGGACCUAAGAUAGCUUCACAACCUUGUUCCGGGCCUUUUUUACUCGGUCUUGGUAAGUACAUUUGCCGAAUUGUGUUGAAAUAUGGUCGAAAAAGCCGUAAAGAUAUUAAGAAUAUGGUUGGAAAAGCCGUAAAGAUAUCAAGAGCAUGGGCGAAAAAGCCGUAAAGAUACCAACAGCAUUCUAAGAUUAAUUCCACCAAGUGAAGUGCAAAAAAACAGAUUAUGCGUACAUCUACCAUGUUAUAGAUUUCGUUUUGGCGUGGUGCAUGUCUAUUGUGUUAUGUAUUUUGUACAUUGGAUUGUAUUAUUAUCCGAAAUAUUUGUUCUGCUUAGGAUGCAUCAGUGACAUCGACGAAAACUAAGUUUUUUGUAAAAAAUAAAUUUAAAAUUACAUAAAAAAUGUUUAUACAGAAAGGUCAGCAGUAUAUAGGUACUAGACUUAUUCAAAAAAUAUCGCGUAAAGCAGGGGCGGCGGAACAGAUUUUGUUCUGGGGGGGCUAAAUUUUUUCAGCGACCCCCCCCCCGUCGCCCAAAAAAUUUAGGAGGAAAAAAUUUUUCCCGGAAUUUUUUCGGCGACCCCCCCCCCCCGUCGCCAAAAAAAUUUCGGUCAGUGUACCACUUUAGGGGUAUAAUAUACCAAAAAAGGGACGAAAAAAUUUUUUCCGGACUUAUAUCAAAAAAAUUCUUCGGAAAUACGCUUUUUUUAAACAAAAUAUUGCAAAUUUGGCCCCUUAUACCUAAAUUUUCAAAAAAUAACCUAAAUUUUUCCCUAAUUUUCAAAAUUUUUUCGAAAAAUUCAAAUUUUUUGGGGGGGCUAAGCCCCCCCCACUUUUACUUCUGGGGGGGCUUUAGCCCCCCUAGCCCCCCCUGUUCCGCCGCCCCUGGCGUAAAGUGACAACACGAUUCGAAAAAUGUACUUAACCAGAACGCGCUAAAAGUGGCCUGAGAAGAGAAUAUGAAACUAUAAUAAUUCAACAUAUGUUUGAGUGUUUAAUUCUAAUUUCAAGAAUUUACAUUUGAACCGAACUGCGGGUGUUAUUUUGGCAUUUUACUCGUUUUCCUUUUGUCGGGAUUUAUUCACUGCCUCAAGCGGGUAGUUAUUUUUACUUCGUUUUGUCUAGACUUGCCCAAGUCGCUCGCUAGGGACCGCGCGUAGCAAGAAGGGAGCGCUUGAGAAAGACGGAAGCGAGCGACUUGUGUCACUUGCCUGAUUUUGAAUCUUACUGAAAAAUUUGGCGCGAAAAUCAAUUAUGACAUAGUGGACGUUCACCAUGUCGAUUUCACUAGUUCAUUGUUGUUUUGUUCAUAAUAAUAAUGAGCAUUCACUGACGUCACCGGAGCAAAAAUGCACCGGUGAAUUUGGCGCGCUUGCGGGUGGCAAAAGUCCGUCGCUUCCAGGAACCACGAACCGCGCACUUUGGAAAGUCUACGUUUUGUCUUAUCAUUUUUAUUUGUUUUCAGCGACCUAUGUUGCAUGUAAGAGUUGGACAAUGGAUUCGGACUGAAUGGAAGGGUCAAUGGUAUUUAGAAAUCUUAAUUUCUUGCUGUUUUAUAUACGUUUAUUAAAUUUUGCUCAAUAUUAGUGUACAUUACCGUGAGUUAUGAUUAAAUCUUCAUACUUCAUGAGAGUAGACAUGAGCCGAUAACGAAAAAUCCAAUUCCGAUAAAUUCCGAUAUCCAUCAAGAAUACAGAGGAAAAGUGAAAACAAAUUAAACAAACAACAUCAUAUAAUAAAAUAUUUUUAAUAAAAUAUUUCUGCAUUCCUAUAAAAUAUUUAACUGUGAUUGGCUGGAUAAAAAAAUGCAAUUCGUCACUUGUUUCAGUUCGACAUUUUGGUAGCGUAUAAUGGACAACUUGCAUGUUAGACUAAAUUUUAAUCUAAGUAAAGAGAAGGGAAUAAAACACACAACAGUUAAAAAGAAAAUAAUGAAAUUAAUAAAAUUGCAAAAUUUGGUUACGAAAUGUUGUAAAAUGCAGAAAAUAUAGCCUAGCGAAGUUUGCAUAUUUUCAGUAUAUUUGUAUUACGUGCGGAAAUUGUUACCAUUUUCGGCUUAAAAAUGGUAACAAUUUCCGCACGUAAUACAAACAUACUGAAAAUACGCAAACUUCGCAAGGCUAUAUUUUCUGCAUUUUACAACAUUUCGUAAUAAAAUUUUUUUCAAUUUUACUGAUUUUUAUAUAUUAUAGAUUUUAUAGUUUAUAAAUAAUAAUAAUAACAAUUAGUUUUAUAAACUAGAAUUAGCUAGGAAAAAAUGGUAUUAAAACUGUUUAACACGACCUUCAUAGCUAUUGGACAUCAAUUGCAGCCGUCUUGGCUUCACUUUUUAUUUUGUCAUAGUCGGAAAUCGGAAUGACUGAAGUACAGAUAUAUAGAGCUUGCAGGUCGGCAAUGUUUGUUGAACUUUAUUGAGUACAAAUUAAUUCCAAAAAUAUAUACAAAUAUCCAUCUUAACAUGCAAUUAAAAAAAGUGCUGUACUCAAACGGACAAGGCACAAACUGGACGUAAAGUCCGUUGCAUGGUGCCCCUCCUCUUUCUAACAUAGACAUUUUAAUUAAAGUCACAGUAUACUGCAGUAUAACAUAUUUACUUAUUAAAUAUUUGUAUUAUGCAUGCACAUUAAUUUGAUUAGUUAUGUUAGUUUAUUGUUUGUGACAACCACAAUCACGUUUAAGUGACCAGGUGCAAGUCAUGUCCGGAUCGAAUACUGUUUCCAGAAUAUGCUUAUACCUCAUCUUGAGGUACGUUUUGAAAGACGAUGGCGAUGUGAAACUGGAAGGAUAAAUUAAGAGACAAACACUGUUCCAUAAUUUAACACAAGUUUUACACAAUGGAGUUUCUAAGUAUUUGGAAUUCAAUGCUCUACGUGUCCGUUCAUGAUUGACAAAGUGAACAAAAUUUGAGACAUCAAUGUCGAUGCAUCCGUUCACUGCCUUAUUAGAAUAUUAAGUCCUUGACCUCACGAUCGUACGAAAGAGGGAGUAUAUCCAGUUGCUGAAGUCUCUCUUUGUAGGAUACUUCACCAGCCUUGACGCUUAGAUCCAUCUCGUAGCACGUCUCUUCUUGAUGAUAUAGGUUGGCAUUCAUGCAGGUCAGCAUUUGCUGCCCUGAAUUUCGAGGCCUAAUUUGGCCUUGAUCCUAGGCGUCUAUUAGUUAUACAGAGCGUUAAUUAUUAUAGGUCAUUUACGGUAUUUAAGAAAGGUCGUGCAAACGUAGCUAGUUUAUUUUUCUCCCAAAAUGCAAUCUGCACCAUUACAAAUGUGGAGUUAAGUAUGUAAUUCCCGCUAGCCUAUAGCCUUGUCCAUCCCUUACAUCGUCUUCUGUAUUCAGGUUGAGAGCCAGAGUGAUGAGUGUGGAUGGCAGUCUUGUGAAGGUUUGUUUCAAAGUUUUGUCAUAACUGUCAUCUUAUACUUUUUACAUUGGGAAUAAGCGAGUCUAAGGGCGCUUUCCAUUAACACGGCCAGACCGGUCAGAACGGUCAAAUUGUUGAAUGAAACACAAAACGUUUGGGCUUCGGAUCUGUCUGACCAGAAAAAAAUGUAGAUAAAAUUAGAAUGAGGUCCGUUCUCGCUAGAUAUUUGAGAACAUAGACCAGAUCUUUCCAUUGAUGUAGAGUAAAAAAAUUGGGGUUUGAUCGGACAUGCCAAUAAAUGGAAAGCGCUCUAAUAUGUUCAGAUACCAUAUACGUACUUAAUUUCUCAAAAUUAAAGUCGCGCGAAUGCAAAUCCUCGUGAAAUUGACACGCGCGAAAUGAAAUACCCUAGUCAAAAAUUUGAAUCAUAAAAUUCACGAUAGCAACAUGUCUAGCCUGCUCACAGCCCGAAAUUUCGUUCAGGCGAGCAGGCUACAACAUGUCAUGUACAGCUCAUAUAUCGACGCAAGUUACACAUUAUUUAGUAAUAGGCUUAGUACUGAGCUGUGUAUUAAGCAGUUUGCAUUUUGUCUUGUUACCCGUAAUAAAGCUGGGUAAAAACCAUAACAUUGCGGACUAGCGUAUACAGGCAGUACAUACUAAGCUUAUGUUGACUUGUUUCGAAUAUGGUAUCUUUUAUGGAUUUUUUAUGUCAGCUAAGAAUCCUAUAUAUUAGCCUAUAUGAUUGGAUAGUUCCGUUUUUAAAAAUAUCAUUUAGUUUUUUGCUAAACUCUUUUCCUAUUCAGCAAACAAUGCCUGCUAAUAUACUAACUUGACUGUUUUUGUUUUAGAUGUUGUUUCAAGUCGAUAACCGUUCAGAAUGGGUUUAUCGUGGCUCGACUAGACUUGAUCCAUUAUAUACGGCAUUGGUAAGCAACGAAAUUAUAUCGAGAAAUAUACCGGCUUCUUAGACGAGGUUGCAUGCACAAGUGAUGUAUGUACCUGCCUGUUUGAAACCACAGGGAGCCCAUCGAAAAAUGUAAUUAUCAACAGCUGAUAUCAACCAACAAAAGAUUGUUGCUGCAGAGCAACAUUAUGCAGGAAAGAGUAAUAAAGUUGUAGGAGUGUUGUUGUUGUUGUUGUUGUUGUUGUUGUUGUUGUUGUUGUUGUUGUUGUUGCUGUUGUUGUUGCUGUUAUCGUUGUGUUGUUGCUGCUGCUGUUGGGUUAGGCACUUAUGUUGCAGUCAGGUUACUAGAUCAUGUUUUUUUGUUUAGGUAAUGGGUGAAAGGACCCGAUCGACAAAAGCAAGAUCAAGAAAAUUGACUAGAAACACUUCGUCGAAAGAUAAUGCACCUUAUAUUGAGUACAACAUUACAAAACCUUGUUACGGCGUUUCACCAUAUAGCAAAACGGAUCCUAAAGGUAUGUGCUGUACGCUGGUUUUAUUGUACAAAUUUAGGAGUUGAUCAAUAUGUGAUACAGAGGAUUGGUAAAUACUCAACUUCGAUUUUUUUAAAUUGUGGAGAUAUAAACAUACAAUUAUCAUCUUAAACAUAAACUGAAUUGCUAGGCGUGGAAUAGCAAAAUUACAAUCUUCGCAAAACCCCAAAUAAUGUUUUGAAAAGCAUUCUUCACGCAACAUUAAACAAAUUUCCAUAGGUCUAAUUAUAGUGUUAGGUGUGAUUAUUGGGGACUUAUUUGUUAGAACGUAUGUUGAUAUAUUGGGGGGGGGGGACUUUCUCUUUGUGGGGAGUCACUGGAGUGUUUAUUUUAGAAAUAGCCCGCUCAUAUGCAUUGAUGUAAUGUAGUUGGAUACAAUAGCUUGCAAUCGGUGAUGUGCAACCACUCCCAUGGGAUUCCAAGGACAGAGAAAUUUUCACCAUGUUUGAAUUGAUGAUAUUUGCAUUGCAAACAUAGCAAAACCUUUGUCAAUGUCACCCAACAUGGUGACGGUGACGUAACUUGUAGACCACCUAUGGGGAAAGGUCUAUAUCAAUUCUACUCUUUUAGGAAUCCAACAAUCGCAAUUAGAAGAACAACGGCAGCUGACACAAAAACAACAUGAGGUUUGUAUUAAGAUCCACGUGGCGUAUGGAUUUCGCUUAAAUUUUAUAUCUUUGCAACAGGUGUUGGGAUAAACUGUUACCACAAGCUGAAAUUUCUGCUUAUAUGUGCAUUUCUAAUUGUAUUUGUGAAACUUAAUAAUUUAUGAAGAAAACACAAAAGAAAUGUAUAUCAAAUACAGAAUCAUGCUGAUUUACAUAAACUUUACGUUUAAUUUUCCCACCAGAUAUCAUUCAUUUAGUUUAAAUUGAUGAAGAAUACGAAUGUUCUCACCGAUCCGUUUCACAAGCCAUAUAAAGCAUUCGCGUCUAUGUUGUAUCAGACAUACAACCUAUCGCCUUCGGCUCGAGUUUGUAUACAACACGGCUGCUCAUGCUUUAUCUAUUACUUGUAAAAUUCAUGAAUAAUUAAUAAGGCUACAAACAAAUCACGACUCUGUAUAUAAAUCGCAGUAAAGAUCAGGAAGUGUCAGAGUGAUGUUUAUAUGAAUGUUGUGAAUAUAUUAAUUCAGAAGCAGGACGAUGUAUUAGAAUCAAAAGGCACGCAUCACAAGAUUUACGCUGUAAAUGCAUGCUAAUGAGGCGUGAGAUUGUCCCCAUGGGUAGUGAAUACUAAUAAAGUAAACAAAUAGAUUCAUUUUACAAGUUCGUUAAAAUAAUCGCCUUCUCACUGCCAACCAUUUGUCUCAUAUCAACUUCUCAUAUCAACCGCCAUUAUAAAUGCCCAUAAAGAUCAGCUGUUCAUAUUCUAACAAGUACUUAUAGAACAUGAUCACAGCCAAUCAGAACUCAGUAUUUCAGCUGUCUAUAUAUCCCAUAAACCGUCCGAUAGCGAGCUUCACAGCAAUUACAGCGAGUUUAUGUGAUUCAUUAGUACUCCCUAUAUAGAGCAUACUAAUGAAGUAUUCAACAAAGGAUAAACCAAGCCUUAUGAAUUAGUACUCUCAAUAAAUAGCAUACUAUAAUCAGAUAUGGAGCAUACUAAUCAGUUCGAUAAACUCGCUGCGAAGAAGAUUCUUCGUGGAUGUGAUCGGCCCUUGUGGCCAUGUAACUAAUUCGAGGGAGUUUAUAUCCAACUGAACACACUUGAUCAUUGUCUAUCCUAUAGAUAACGCUAGCAUUUUGAGCCAGUGUAGACUGUAGUUCUUGAUUUAGAGGACACAAAAGUCAUGGUUCGGGGAGGGAUGGAAAAAAUAUUGAAGCACACGAGCACCGCUCGCUGGAAAUGUUAAACAGCUGCAGGAAAUUUGUUAGGUUAAAGAUUUGCAACUUGAAAAUUCGAUAGAAACCCUACCACGCAUGCAUGUUCUACUAUGGGCCCAACAACUGAAAAAUACCAGCAGAAGUUCUGCAACUUUCCAACAACUUAUGGUCGACAGACAUAUUUCCUUGAAUUUAAACCAUGGUCAACUAGUACAUUAUGUUCUAAGGAAGUGAAAGGUCUCCUGGAAGUGAAAGGUCUCCUAUCACUGUAAGGUUACACUGGAAUUUGUUUUGAAAAUCCUUACUAUGGAAAUAGCAAUAUUCAUACUAAUUGCAAUUUCUACACUAUGGAUAUAGUAUGGGUAUACUAUGGACUUAGGGAUGCGAUUGCAAAUUCCAUAGUAUGAAUUUCACUAUUUUUUCUAGUAUUAUAGGAUGCGUAAUAGGAUGAAACAAUUAUCAAAACCUUGGCUUUCAAAAGGUCUCAUUAAAUCCAUUAAAGUAAAACAAAAGCUUUACCGCUCACACUUUUUAAGUAGAGAUCCGUUGAGAGUUUCUAUAUAUAAAUCCUAUUCCAAUGUAUUGAAUAAAUUAAAAACUAAAAAUGAAUAUUAUAAUCAGCAGUUCCAUCAAUGUAAAAACAAUUUAAAAAGCACUUGGAAAUUGAUAGGCACAUUGAUUAAUAGGAAAAAUAAGGGUCAUACUUGUCCAACUAGAAUUGUUAGAAAUGAAAAAACAUAUAUUAAUCAGUUCGACAUUGCUGAGCAAUUUAAUCAGCAUUUUGUAAAUGUGGGUCCCAAAUUGGAUAAUUCAAUCCCAAAUUCUAAUGAUGAUCCCACCAAAUACGUAACUAACUCACCAAUUUCAAGUUUUUGCAUGUCACCUGUCUCUGAGGAAUACGUUUGUCGACUUUUCUCGGUACUAAAUGUGAAUAAGUCUUCUCCAGAUAUUCCUAACAAAAUGAUAAAGCUGGCUAGUAGUGCUCUAUCAGUGCCUUUUGCUCAUAUUUUUAACCAAUCUAUUUCUACUGGAAUUUUUCCCAAUGCUUUCAAAAUAUCUAGAGACAGACCCAAUACCUAUAAGAGUGGGAUAAAGACAGACCCAAAUAAUUAUAGGCCAAUAGCUUUGCUAUCACCCUUUAGGAAAACGCUUGAGCGAAUUGUAUAUGACCAGCAUAUGACUUUUUUAGAGAAAUAUAGCAUACUCAACAAGUAUCAGUUCGGCUUUAGAAAAGGACACUCAACGGAACAAGCUAUUUUAGAAAUAACUGAGAACCUGAAAACUUCCAUUGAUAAUAAUCUUAUUACAUGCGGGGUUUUCAUUGACUUUUCUAAAGCUUUCGAUACGGUCAACCAUGAAAUAUUAUUAGCUAAAUUAUUUAAAUAUGGAAUACGUGGUCAUUCACUUGAAUGGUUUAACAGCUACUUAACAAAUAGACUUCAAUUUGUACAAAUAGAGAACGUACAAUCUAGCACUUUAACGAUGACAUGUGGAGUUCCUCAAGGAUCUACAUUGGGGCCUUUAUUAUUUUUAAUUUAUAUUAAUGAUAUAGUUAAUUGUUCAUCAGUACUUUCUUUUCGUCUAUUUGCUGAUGAUACUAACAUAUUUUAUGUAAAUAAAGACCCCACUGAACUUGAAAUAGUAAUAAAUCGUGAGCUAAAAAAAAUCUAUGACUACUGUGCGCUCUCAAUAAAUUAUCUAUUAAUACGAACAACACCAAUUUUAUGGUGAUAACUUCAAGUAACAAAAAGCACAUUAAUAUCAACAUUCCUAAUAUCGAACGCAAAAACUGUAUUAAGUAUCUUGGUAUAUAUCUCGAUGAACAUCUCAAUUGGAAAAGCUAAAUUGCUCAUGUUAAUAAUAAAUUAGCCAAAAAUAUUGGCAUUUUUUAUAAAUUGCAUCAUUUAUCUAACAUUUUCAUAUUAAAGCAACUUUACUAUAACCUUAUAUUUACCCUUAUUUAACUUAUAGUGUUAUGAGCUGGGGUAGCGCGUAUACAACCAAUUUAACCAAGAUUCGUACUAAACAAAAUAAAUGUAUACGUAGUAUUUUCUUCGCAAAUCCUAUGGAGUCAGCAACUACUUACUAUAAACUUCUUGGAAUACUCAAUUUUGACAAUAUUGUGAAAUUUAAAAUUGCUACAUUUGCAAAAAAACUGUCAAGUGAUUCAUCGAAUUUCCAUACAUAUUUCAUGAUUACCUUAUACCAAUAUCUGAUAUUCACAGCUAUAAUACUAGACUGUCUGCCAGUGGCAAUUUCUAUCGGCCAAAAGUAAGAACUAAUUAUGGUCAAUCCACCAUCAAAUUUAUUAUCUCGAAGCUGUGGAAUUGUAUUCCACCUUAUUUAAAACAUUUAAAUAUUGAAGCCUUUAAAACACAGUACAGACAGUUCCUCCUAUCCUGCCUGAUAUAGUCUUAACCUACUUGUCAAAUUAUGAAUUAGAAGCUAAAUAUUAAUAUGUUUACUUUGCCAUAACGAUCUUCUACUUUCCAUUAUAUUCCAUGUAAAAUUAUUAACAUGCAGUAGCCAACUCGAAAGCUCACACUACUUUGGCUACUGCGCACAUCCAAUCUAAGUUUAUAAUACAUCAUCAUGUAAUAAUUCCUAAGUUCUAUAAUUUCAACAAAUAUCUUGUAAAUACUAAUAUCAUGUGCAUAAUAAAUCUUUCUUUCUUUCUUUCUAUACACUGUCUUUGUCUUCCUAGGGUUUGAAAUUUUCAAUACAAGACUCGAGAUUACCAUCGCCUAAACACGAAGAGAAGCCUGUGCCGAAGCCGGAAGAAAAACCUGUAAAAGCGGAAGAGGUUAAACCACGGCCUCCAUCCAUAGAAGACAGAAAACCAUUGUCGUCAACUGAAAUGGGAAGUAAAGGUAUUUAUUUCAGGAAGUAUGUAUAACUGAGUUCCUUGGAAACGAUGCAGAAGGGUACCAAAGUAUUAUUCAAUCGAGUGAAAUGCCAACAAAAUCUUGAUGUUUUCUAGUUAAGCGUUUUUCUUGCAUAUAUGGAAAUGUUUAAUUAAACCUUUCUAAACGUUAUAGUAAUUUCCUCAACAAUUACACAUUAAAACAUACACAAAGCUAAAUGUAUUCCUUUUCGAUAUACUCAGUGCGCGAAAUAACGGCCGGUCAACGGACAAUGUCCUGCCAGAAUGCGAUAUUGUCCGAUCAAAUUCUUACCUUGCCGGUCAUUUUAACCCGUCACUUUCGGUAAAAGAACAAACUAAUUUUCAUAUGAAUUAAUCAAGAUAAAAUUGUCAAGGUAUUAUAAUUAAGAACCAUAACAUGUUGUCGAAUGUUUUGCGGGAAAGAACUUCAAUGUACUCCAGCUUUCCCACGCAGUACCUCACAAAGCCCAUGGCCAUGCUUUUGGCUUAAGAGUUGAGGCCAUGCUUUUGGCUUAGCGCAGUGCAAGCGGUUUUAUGUGAAGGAGUUUUUAUUUAAUUACUGAUUACAGUAAGGCUUUUCGUCACAUUUUUAGGGGUAUACUUUACUAGGCUUUGCUUUAAGCUGAAUAAUUUGACCGGCCAGAAAUUCGGUAUGUCCGAGCUAAAAUUGAGUUGGCCAGUCACCUUGACCAGCGACCCCAGCCGGUAUUUCGCGCCCUGAUACUCUUAAAAUAGAAUGCAGCCAUUACCUUAUUAUAGGAAAUUAACGAUGUACUUUAUUAACGCGUAUUUUAAAAAUUCGCGUUAAUUUAAUUAAUGUUAAUUUAUGUGAUCGUUAAUUUUAAGUAUGUAAUUUUCAUUUAUCGUUAGUUAAAAAUACCUAGAUUUGUUUUAUAUAACACUAACUCUUUUAAUAUUAAAAUGCAGCAUAUUAACGUAAACUAAAAACAUCAGUGCUCCUCUUAACACCUUUGUUGUUGUUGUGUCUAUAUUUUCCGAUUCGCGUUAAUUUAAUUAAUUUGUCAACCAUGGAGAUCAGAUUCGCGUUAAUAUAAUCAUGUUUUAAAAUACCUAUAAGCAAUCCGCGUUAAUUUGAUGUCGCGUUAAUUUAUGUCGCGUUAAUAAAGUGCAUCGUUAAUUUCCUAUAAUAAGGUAUUUAGUUGAUUUCUGUCAUUAUAAUGUAUACAUUUCAUUUUUUUAUUUCUAGAGGUUGUAAUACUUGAUGACAAGCGUGUGAUCGAAAGUACUUAUUCCUGUAUCCAAGCGAGCACUUUGAGGAAAAAGACUGGAGCUAGUUUGGGUAUGGCUGCUAAAAAUAAUUUGAGUUCAAGAUAAGCGGCUAGAUUUCGUUCAUGGGAAGUAAAGGGAGUUCCUGUUAACCGAGUAAAAAUGAUUGAAAUAGCACUUCAAAUACCCUGCAUGGGUAUCUUUCACUCAAAAACGUGCUUGGAUGUAUGAUAUCAAGAAUUAGCUUUAUUGGAUGAGGCUGAGCAUGAUAUCAAGAAUUAUUCAGACCUCGGUCAAUGUUAUCCGCCUCAGCUUCGCUUCGGCAGAUAACAUUGACCUCGGUCUGAAUAAUUCUUGAUAUCAUGCUCAGCCUCAUCCAAUCAAUAAUUGUUUAUUGUCGUGUGAAGCAGUAAGUCUUUAAGACUGAUAAUUGGCAUACAAGAUCAAUCCUGAAGUAGUCAUAGCAGUUACAGUCAUACAAGAUUAAAAACAAAUUACUACUGCAUGCAGGCUAUAUGAAUAUUUUUGUUCUAAACUGUUCCGCUGUAAAAUAUGUAUUGGGUGAGGAAAUAAUUAAGUAUUCAAUGAUUUCAAUAAUCUUGAUAUAUUCAAUUAGUGUAAUUUUCAAAAGUAUCUAUCAAACAUCAAAAUAUGUCUGUUCAAAUUUCGGCAAAAAUGUAAAUCCAAAAAAAUUUCAGGUUCCGAUUUUCAACCUCUAGGCGCAUGCAUUGUUUUACUCAAAAUACUUUAGGAAUUUUUGGAGUAUAGAAUAUGUGAAGUUCGAGAUAUACGCGAGUUUGACGUAAUAUUUCAAAUCCGACUAUGAGAACUGGACAAGAUUUCAGUCCGCGCAAUUUGCAUCAAAAUGCGAGGACUUGAAAUCUUGUCCAGUCCGAAUAGACCUUUCCCCUUUUAAGUGGAAUUUUGAUCUAGACAAGACUGGACAAAAAUUUCAUCACAGCUUGAAAGAGCAUCACAAAAUUAGUAAUAUUUCGAAGUUUCGUUGCGAAAUGUUGUAAAAUGCGGAUAAUAUAACCUUGCGAAGUUUGCCGUUUUUCAGUCAUUUUGAUUACAAAUGGGAAAUUGAUAGUCAGUUUGAUCAUCUGAUUAUCAAUUUCCCGUUUGUAAUGCAAAUGACUGAAAAACGGCAAACUUAGCAAGGCUAUAUUAUCGGCAUUUUACAACCUUACAUUUUGCAACGAAACUUCGGAAUAUUACUAAUUUUGUGAUGCUCUUUCAAGUUGUGAUGAAAUUUUUGUCCAGGCUUGUCUAGAUCAAAAUUUCACUUAAAACGGGAAAGGUCUAUUGGAGGAUUUGAAAUGACAUUGACAUCUCAUACGAAUAAAUCACUACUUAAUUCAUUUUGAUCCAGUCCAAGGACAGGAUCAAUAUACUUGAUCAGGUAUCCAGUAUUAUCAUGUGAGCAAAAUAAGGCAGUCUGGUUGGCUAAUUUACUCAUGAAUUAUUAAUGCGUUUUGAGAUUCAUAUUUAACUAGUAUCCAUUCAGUUCUUUGAAUUAACUUUUUGCUGUACUUUUGUUAUGCUUCAGUGAACAACGUGAUCUUUAAAGCAGUUGGUAUCAAGAACAAUCAGCCAUACCAAUCAAUAUUCCAUCCUCCCCAAUCUUCCUCGAGCUCUUUACCAUUUUCAGAAACCUUAAAAAGUCGGGCAUUUGUGGAGGAAAAGAAACCUAAACCUACACCAGAUAAUCAAUGGAAAGCGCCAUGGUUGAAUAUUCAGCGGAAUAAGCAGCGCCAAGGUUCGUCAAAUAAUGUUAUAAGACCCCAUACAGCGGUUCCAACACACAGAUAUCACGAUGCAGCUAGCAUUUUGAAACAUAAACUCGACGCAAAAAGCUUACAUGUACAGGAUGCAAGAGUGACAAAUGAAAUCUCCUCACCGAAACGCGAGACAUUGUACAAAUCCCACUCAGGUAUGAAAUAGUUUAUGAAUUCAAUUAUUAACUAAAGGAUAAACACCGAGAAGUACUGUGUAAUAAACGAGCAGGAGUGUUUUAUUAGGUUUAAAGCCACGACCUAAUAAAACACGACCUGCGAGUUUAUUAAACGGCUUCAAACACGACUACAAAUUCGAUAGAUAUACUGCCUUAUUAGUAUUCUUUAUAUAAAGAAUUACUAAUGAGGACACGACUACAAUAGAUACUGCCUUAUUAGUAUUCUUUAUAUAAAGAAUACUAAUUAGGAGUGUUUUAUCAGGUUUAAAGCUACUGCACGUGUCAUAUUAUGGUUGACACGAUUUACCAAUAAGCUUAUGAAUUAUUAAUGAGUGUUUGAAGGAGAGAUUUAUGUCAGACAAUGACCCGAGGACGUACAGCGUCCGAGGGCAUUAUCUGACAUAAAUCCUGACUUUCGAGGUGUUUAUCAUAGGGGAAAAUAUCAAAAUUGUUCUUACCUUACAUGGAUUAUAUUCAUUAUAAGAUGUGUUGUCAUGUGAAGCAGUAUAAGUCUUUAAGAUUGAUAAGGCAUUCAUCUAUUAAAAAUAAUCACCUCGGUAAAUCAAAGAAAACCGACUCAAUCAUGAAUUAAACAAUGAUAAGUAAAAUCCAUGUAUGCAUGGGCGAUGCCAGUAGAUGGUAUACCGAGUGUCCCCCAAAAAACUGGACACUGUUCGAUUUCAUGUAACGUAAAAGCUACAUAAAAGCUAUUAUAUACAGCUCUUUCAAUUAAGGUUGUCCACGAGCAAAGCGGAAAAGUCGAAUGCGAGCGCGAAAGGCUGCUGGGAAUCGUUAACAAAUUAAUGAAUUUUCAAAGCGAUUCCCAGCAGCCUUUCGCGCUCGUAUUCAACUUUUCCGCUUUGCUCGUGGACAUCCUUAAUUGAAAUAGCUGUAUAUAGCGCAAUCAUGAACGACUGUUUUUGAAAAUGCCAAAAGUCAGCGUAAAACAAACCUUAUAAUUACCGAUGUAGUUGUACUUAUUAAAUAAUAAAUAUUUUUAUUUUGGCUGUGUGUCACUCAAUAUUGCAGUGUUACAUUUCAAAAUCUAAGUUAGUCCUUUCCGAAUGCAGUGAUCUUUAUUUCAUUUCUAAGAGCCGUCGGUGAAAUUGUCAUAUUCACUUGGUGUAACUGCCCAACUUUGGAGUUAUGACAUCACCGUGGAAUAUUGAAAACAAAUAUACCACGUUUGACGUAAUUUCGUGGCAUAUUGAAAAACAGUGUAACACGCUAUGACGUCAAGCUAAUUUAUGCGGCUUAUACCAAAAGCAGGAAAAUACAAAUGGCUUCGUCAAAGGAAAGGUUCGCCGACCUUUUUUGUGUAGUCCAACAAAUAAGUAAUAAAGCAAUUAUUGAAUUCGGUUCUCGCAGGCCUAGAUAUGAGGAAUUAUUAAGGCAUCGGUUUGUGUUAUCUGCUAGAUAACACAAACCUCGGCCUUACUAGUUCCUUAUAUCCUACUCGACCUCAUUCAAUAAUUGUUUUAUAUUGUUUUGACAGUUGAUAAAAAUAGCUCACAGGGAAAACGAGAUAUCGGGAACCAAGUCAGCCCAGUUGUCCGUAUAGACGCAAAGUAGUUUUUACUAUAAAUGUACAGUAACUACACGGCGACAGCCCCUUAUUUGGACUUUAUUAUAAUUCAGUUGCAGUUCCGCAUACCUGUAGUUUUGCCUGCAGUCGAAGCAGCAGCAAGAUCUCCAUUGACCCGCUCAGGCACAAUCCACUAGCCGUGCCAAUAUUAAUGGAUUGGAAGCGUGAAAUUGUGAAAAGACGCGGCAAGACUAACAAACGCGACGUGUAUUACCGUACGCCGUGUAAUCGUAGGAUCAGAAAUAUGAGCGAAGUCAUUAGAUAUCUCCAGUUGACUGGUGAGAGCAGUUUGAACGUGGAUAAUUUUACAUUUGAUUGGAGGGUACGGAGUGAUAAUGUUGUACCACCGGUAAGUAAAUUUCUAUUGUAAAACAUCAUUUAUCCACAUUAUAGACGGCUGGCCAAGUCAUCAUUUUGUACAACUGGAUGGCAACUUUAUGUUAGAAGCUGGUAACAGGCAUUUUCUUAUAGUUCCAGCCUUGGUGAACAAGACUAUAUGUGUUACCACUUCUGAUUUUUGCUCUAUAGCCAAAAAUUUGAGAAUUUUUAAAUUUUGCCUAUUAAAUUACUAUGAUCGGAAAAAAUGUAAAAUUUCAAGUUCUCUUAUACGAAAAAUAAACUAUACCACUAGAAAGAGCGUAAAAAACUAUAUAUAAGACAAUUAAGUGAGUUCUACAAUUUUCCAAUCCUAUUUCGAGUUUUUAAUGCUAAAAAAUGCAGAAAUGACCCGCGAAUUAAUGCUAAUUAGUACCCAUUUUGCCAACUUUAACCAUCUUUAAUUCGAAAUCGGCUUGAAAAUCGCACUAGUCGCUUAAUUGUCUUAUAUAUAGUUUUUUGCGAUCUUUCUAGUGGUAUAGUUUAUUUUUCGUAUAAGAGAACAUGAAAUUUUACAUUUUUUGCCAUCAUAGUAAUUUAUUAAUAGGCAAAAUUCUCAAAUUCUCAAAUUUUUGGCUAUAAAGCAAAAAUCAGAAGUGGUAACACACACAGUCUUAUUCACCAAGGCUUGAACUAUAAGAAAAUGCCUGUUACCAGCUUCUAACAUAAAAUUGCCAUCAAACUCUCUUUAGAGACACUUUUUGCCACCUAUAAUAGUAGCUAAAUGCAGGCAGUUCGAUUAAAUGAGGUUAAACAACGCGUGUGAUGCCUUUCAGAAAUGCGUGAAGCAUAACAGCUGCCAAGCCUUUAUAUCAAGUGCAACUUUCUCUGGUGAAUUUAGGUCGCCAGUUUACUUCAAAUACAAGUUGGAAAAUUCCACCCUUGAAACAAGCAUCCGAAAUAGCUUUCCGCUAAUUAGUUCGGUACGUUAGGCUCAAGCGGGCUGGUCAGGUGAACACUUCAAUUCACUGCAUGUUUGGUAGACUGCGGACCUCACACUUGUUGCACGUGACUAUCCAUACGGGUAAAGAUGCCGACCUUUCCUAAAACUGAUCAUGUCGCAUGCAACUUGCUUACAACUUGAGUUCUAUGUAUGUUGAUUUACACAGUACAAGCGUUGGCUGGGAACAUGGCGGGUAGUUGCGCCGAUAUCAAAGGCGCCGACGAGGAGCCUAUACUCUUUGGCAGUAUGGCGGGCCAAAGUGUAGUAAACAGGCUAAAACAGCUGCUUAUACGCAUGCAAUUCUGCAGUUCACUCUGAUUAAGCUUUGUAUAUAGACUAUUUGAUUAUACAAAGACAUUUCAAAAGUAGAUAACGUAUUCAAAAGUUCAAGGUGACAAGAAUUUUUUCUGUCUUUAGGUUGCCGUCGUUAAAGAUAUUUCAAAUGAACAAGAGAAUCGGCCAUUGCCAGUAAGAUAUCUCGUUUGUUUCAUUGAUAGCCUAUAUCCAAGCUUUUUUGGAUGUAGAAUCAAUGUUACAACUGCGUUGCACUGUUAAUCAGCUAUCGUGUAAAGGCUUUCAGAAUUUAUUGCGUGGAAGGGUGUGGAUAGUUGACCCUAGUGCCUGACAUGAUGCUUUUAAUUGGAACAAGCAACACUUAUUGACUAGUACUUUCGGGAAACAGUAUGUUUUGUUUUUUGCUCCACAACUGAACGAUUUUUAUUAUAUAGUAGAGAGUGAGAUACUGAAAAAUACACAGUGAGAUAUUCUCCAUAUCUUUACAACUGAAGAUUCUCUUCACUAGUGAAGAUAUCGAUCACGUGAUAAUUUGACAAUUUGCUUUUGAUCGUGAAAUUUCACAAUUUUUUGCUUGGGACUAUAUAAUAGACAGAACAUUACACGGUGGCUUGAAGAUAUGACUUUUAUCUUCUCGUUCGUAAAAUAUUGUUUUCACCACUCGAAGAUAAAUGUCAUAUCUUCGCGCCGCCGUGUAAUAUCCUCUAUUUAUUAUAUGGACAAUGGUGUUUUACUGGAAACUAAAACACUCAUAGAACUCAUACGUCACUACAUCCGGGGCCAGGUGCGCAUAUUUUCCGUAUUUAACCCCUGUUAGUGACAUACGAAGUUCGAAAAUUUCCCGCCAUUUUCAUUGCUGUUGUUUUGAAAAUACGAAUGGUCUUUGGUUCGUAUUCAAAACGAAAUUAACGUUGGAAAUAAAACGAAAACAUUUAAAAGACAUCUUGAGAUAAGUAAAAUUUAUUCUAUAGUUUUAUGUUUGUUUACUAUAAUUUUAAAAAAUAUCGCUUUUAUACUGGUCUUUCGCGUGCUUAUUUACAUGUCGUCUUUGUGUGUAUUUUUGUCACUGUGAAUAAGUCCAUAUAAUAAACAGAACAUUAAAUGGUUGCGAGAAGAUAUGGAUUUAUGUUCUCGUGUCAAAAACAAUAGUGAGUUUAAGAUACCCCGGUUUCGGUUUACGCGUGCGGGUAGCAUGAUUUUGGUUAGCAAUAUUUUCGUCGAUGUCUGCAUUUUUAUUCGUGAUUAAGGUGUACAUUUUUCGCAUUAUAUCAUUGUCUAUUGCAAGAAAACAGAAAAAGUAUGAUCGAAUUACAGACAUCAGUAAAAACUAGCAAAAAAACGAUGACACUACUCGUACCCGUACACCGAAACCUGGGUAUCUUAAACUCACUAAUAUCUCACUCGUUCGCUGCACUCACUCGUGAGAUAUUGUUUUUGCCACUCGAACAUCAAUCCAUAUCUCUUCGCAACCUUCUAAUAUCCUCUAUAUAAUCGCUGGUGAAUAAAUGUAUUUUUCACCGCUCAGAACUGAGAGAGUCGAAUUUCAUGACUAUCACGUGAUACUUUCUCGUCCAAUGAGAUGCAAGAAUACAUGAACUUUGUCACUUACAUCAAUCUCUUUCAGGCUGUGAACGAAGUGGAUGGAACCAGGCCACCUAACAUUCAGUAUAUGUACACGAGGCAGUUUGCACCAGAAGUUCAACGAACAAAUGAUCCUGGAUUCAUGGUUUGUUGUGAUUGUAAAGAUAAUUGUUCGGUAAGUAAAUGAAAUUAUCUAUAAAUGACGGUAUGAUUGUCACAGCAAUGCACACACAAGCAGUCUGUUUAUAUGGAAUCAAGUUACUCUGCAUUUGCCACAUGUUGCCAGUUUUACGCCAAAAUGGCGCCAAAACACCAAAAUACUACGGGCUAAAUCCUGAAAAUUUCACAUUGGCCGCCAUGUUGGAUUUGACCGCGAAGUGUCUGAACUGGAACCUAGUUGAUAUUUCACUGGGAAACUUCUGUUAGUGCACUUCCUACUUUUUAGCACACUUUAAAUUAGCUAUGAUGUUGGGCUGUGUAUGCAAACUUCUUGCCUUAUCGCGUUCAUUUCACGCUAUAGAUCGAAGCCAGAGAACGAAGUUUUAUUCUUUGACUUAAUAGACACUUCCCGAAUUUGCUUGAGUGCACACGAAACAAUAGCUUGGAAUCGAGGCGGACAAUGUAAUCCAUUGGGGAACUAUACUUAUUUCCAAUGGAUUACAUUGUCCGCCUCGAUUUCAAGCUAUUGUUUCGUGUGCACUCAAGCAAAUUCGGGAAGUGUCUAUUGCAAACAAUUUUUGCGUUUUAUCCUGUAGCAUUAAGGAAAGCGCAAAAUUGUGUUUGAUUAGUGAUGUAUGAUAUUGAAAAGUGCAUGAAACAAUGCUACGUUUUAUGCUACUUUUGAUUUUAUAUUACUGAUUAGCUGUAACCGGCACAAUUGUCUUGUUGAUUUGGUAUAAUUUAUCUUGUUGGUGAAAUUUGACUUCGGUUCCGUUCACCGAAGACACCGACUUAUUGGAACACUCGUUUAUAUAUUUUAUCAUUUCUUGAAACCUUAUACGCAGAUCCAAUGUUUUGGCCAUUGGUGAAUAUUUAAGCCUGAUCAAACAGGUUUAGGCUGUAAGUAUGUCCAAUACAUUGCGAAUUAAUAUUAAACGACUCUCAAAAAACAAGUUUGAAAAUAAUUCAUGAAAGAAAUAGGAUUCAAGUCAAAAACACUACAAAAUGUCUUCGAAAUACAAGAAUAAGCGCCGUUAGAGUUUGACAACUGGAUUCUGCACCGGAAUCGCAGGACUGCAGGUAAGGGCUAUAAGAGUCUCGUUCUGAAAUUUGAAUGCGUUGCCCUGCUAUGUACUGUAGUGCAUAUGGAGGACACUCGACUGACCAAACCUCUUUCCCAUGAACCGCUAAACUCUGGUCUCAGAAACCUAAGUUGCCUUGCUUUGCUAUAAGGAUACGCUGAAGACAAACCAAAGAUAAGCAUACAUUGAUUGAGUUAGAGACUAGCAUGUUGCCAAGGGUGAAAACAACCGAGUAUUGGUGACGUCAUAAGUAACCCCCAAUUCCAUGACUGCACUUUUAUAGAACAUUCAUGCCCGGAACAGGGUUGGAUAUGGCUUGUACAGCAUUAUUUCUUAUUAAUAUGAAAAUUUUUUUUACAAUAUAAGAAGAUUUUUGUGAUACCGUGGUGCUACGUAGCAAUCUGCCACUUCAAGACAGGUAGAAUCGAUAUCUCGAAGGGGAAAAGUGUUCAGCAAACCUACUGAUUGUGAACGCACACGCGACAUCUUCAGUCAGAUCAUAGGUAGCCCAACAAUCCGCACGCCGUGACGUAUGAUGCUGGUCAGAUCUGCAAAUCCAGAAUAGGCCGCCACAUGAAAUGACAGAAUAACACUGGAAAUCAUGAAGUUUUAACACUGGCUGCUGCAAAUUCCGUUCGUCGGUUUGUCGCAUAUAUUUGUGUAUAAGUGCACUAUUUACAACUUGUAAUUUGGCGUAGUAUAGUCAAAGCAAGCGCAUUUCACCUCUGAGCUAGUUCGUGGGUUCGACGUCAACGCUUUGCCGAAAGUCGUGGGUUUUCUCCGUGUGCUCCAGUUUCCUCCCACAGGGAAAGUUGACAGGGUGGGUUAGGAUAAACACUGUUAAGAAAUUAAUAUCACAAUGGACCUUUCCCCUUAUAACUAAAAUUUUGAUCUAGGCAAGUCUAGACAAAAAUUUCAUCACAGCUCGAAAGAGCAUCACCAAAUUAGUAAUAUUCCAAAGUUUCGUUGCGAAAUGUUGUAAAAUGCGGAUAGUAUAUAUAGCCUUGCGAAGUUUGCAAUUUUCAGUCAUUUUGUAUUGCAAACGGGAAAUUGAUGCGAUUGGGCUGUCAAUUUCCCAUGCGUAAUACAAAAUGACUGAAAAACGGCAAACUUCGCAGGGCUAUAUAUUAUCCGCAUUUUACAACAUUUUGCAACGAAACUUUGGAAUAUUACUAAUUUUGUGAUGCUCUUUCAAGCUGUGAUGAAAUUUUUGUCUAGAUCAAAAUUUUAGUUAUAAGGGGAAAGGUCCAUUGUUGUAAAGAUAAAAUAGUCUAGGCUAAGUAUGUAAUUAGGUAAGCGUAAUACUUGAACCCAUUUGAACAUAUGCAUAUGUAAAUCUGCGCUAUAGAAAAGCAAAUCAUAAUCACAUAAUCGUAAUUACUAUUUGGAACUAACCAAAUUGAGAUGUUAUAUUUUUAUCCUGUGUUGGCAGUUUGCAAGAAUGUGAAAGAAAUGUGAUCUUUUUAGGACGCCAGUAAAUGUGCGUGUAUCCAGUUAACGUUGCAAGGUUGCAAGGCAAUGGACAUGAAAGAUGUAGGCAAGAUGACAUACCACUACAGGAGAUUAAGAGAUUGUGUUCAAACUGGGUAA